AUGUCGUCUUCAAUUGCACCAGCUUCACUUGCAACUUCACUUGCAAACAGCGUUUCAUCUUAUCAACAAGCCAAAACCUCAAACCCAUUGACAUGGACUGAUGACAAGAUCCUCGAAACCGUUUACAUUACUCACGUCCACACCGGUGAAAGGUUCGACGUGGAAUCGCUUUUCAUUCUCACUUCAAACAUUCUCAAACGCUCCACCGCCGUUGCUGACAGUGUCGUCUCUAAGACUGGAGCUCCGGUCGGUCUCAUUGAAGACAAAGUUCCGUUACCUGGUUACGAGCCUCCUUUCCGUAAACUGAAGCAUAUUUCUUCUCAGAUGAUGACCACGCUUCCCGGAGAACACCAUGCGCACCUGACAACAAUGUCGAUUCUCGACCAGCUGAAAACACAUACCUGGGAUGGAAAAGCGAUCUUUGCUUUAGCUGCAUUUUCGUUAGAAUAUGGAAAUUUCUGGCACCUUGUUCAGACACCGAGCGGUGACACGCUUGGAAGAUCAUUGGCAAUAAUGAAUAAAGUUCAAGGUGUUGACAAAAAUCGACAAGCCAUUGCGGAUUACAACAGUUUGGUGAAGAAUCUGUUGUAUGCUGUUGAGUGUAUUACUGAGUUGGAGAAGCUUUCAACAAAAGGGUAUGAUAGUAAAGAUGUUCCUGCAUUGCCGGAAGCUAUGCAAGAGAUUCCUGUUGCUGUUUAUUGGGCUAUCAUUACUGCUAUUAUCUGUGCUAACCACCUCGAUCUUCUUGUCGGUGAAUCGGAUGACAGGUAUGAGUUAUCGAGUUUCGAUGUCAAACUUGCUUCCAUUGUAAGCAAAUUAAAGGCUCAUCUCACAAGAAGCAGAAGGCACAUAGGUGAGCUUGAAGAUUACUGGAGACGUAAGAGGGUACUUCAAACCCCAACAGAAAUUGUAGAGGUUAUAAAAGUUCUGAUCUUCCACAAUGAAAUUCAGGAUCCACUUGUGUAUGAUGGUUUGAAAAGAGAAAUGGUUAGCAUUGAAGUUUUCAGAAAGAAAAAUGUGUUGGUAUUCAUUUCGGGCCUAGACAGCAUUCGAGACGAAAUCCGUCUUCUCAAUUCAAUCUACAUUGGACUCAAUGAAGAUCCAAGAGAACUAAAAGGAUACAGAAAAGAAGAUUUCAAGAUUCUGUGGAUCCCAGUUGUGGAUGAGUGGACACUACUCCACAAAGCCGAAUUCGAUAAUCUGAAACUAGAUAUGCCAUGGUAUGUUGCUGAGUACUUUUAUCCAUUGGCUGGAAUAAGGUUGAUAAGAGAAGACUUAAACUACAAGAAUAAGCCUAUUCUACCUGUUCUGAACUCUCAAGGUAGAAUUGUGAACUAUAAUGCUAUGCAUAUGAUUUUUGUUUGGGGGAUCGAUGCUUUCCCUUUUCGUCCCGAUGAUGAUGAGGUUCUAACUCAAAAGUGGAAUUGGUUUUGGGCUGAAAUGAAGAAAGUUUAUCCAAAGCUUCAAGAAAUUAUUAAAGGGGACACAUUCAUCUUCAUCUAUGGAGGAACAGACCCGAAAUGGACAAACGAUUUCUCCCUCGCAGUAGAGAAAAUCAGAAGGCACGAAAUCAUCCGAAAAGCAGAUGCUGUGAUAGAACAAUACCACUUCGGUAAAGAAGACAAAAGAAUCGUUCCGCGUUUCUGGAUAGGCAUAGAGAGCCUAUUCGCAAACAUGAUUCAGAAGAAACACAAAGACCCAACCAUAGACGAAAUCAAAAGCUUGUUAUGUCUGAAACAAGACCAACCAGGUUGGGUUCUACUAAGCAAAGGACCAAACGUGAAACUACUCGGCCGUGGGGAUCAAAUGUUAGCAACUGCUAUAGAUUUCGAGAUAUGGAAGGAGAAAGUGCUUGAGAAAGCUGGUUUUGAUGUUGCUUUUAAGGAGUAUUAUGAGCGUAAGAGACGGGAUUUUCCCGUGGCUUGUGCUAAUAUGCAGUUGGCUAAUUAUCCUGCUGAUAUUCUUGAUCCAAUCUACUGUCCUGAUAGUAGCUGUGGGAGAUCAAUGGAGAUUGCUUCUGUGAGUUAUAAGUGCUGUCAUGGUCAUACUCAUCAGAAGAGUGAUGCUCCUGCUGAGAGUGGCGUUGUUCAGAUUGAGAAAAGGUCUUGA